AACACGUACUGCGUAUUUAUGUCUGUUGAAGAAUUCAUCUCCAUACCUGUUGCAUAGAGAUCCAUCAGCUCAAGUGAGUCCAGUCAGUCCCCCAAGACAUCACCAUCGAUGGUCUGUCCGUCUCCUAGAGUCGGGGCUGAAACCAGACCACCACAUCAGGGACCUCGACUCCCAGGCCGUUCAUCGUCAGUCAGGUGGGGUCUGUUCUGCGAAACCGCCUUGCCGCAAUUGAAGCUCGGCGCUUCUCAAGCCCAACAUCAAAUCGCCAGACUCAUCAAAUCUCACCAAGUCGCAUCAAGCCGCACCACCACUCAUGGCACCACCACCACCACCACCAUCGGCAUCAACGUCCCGCGCCUGGGUCUGGUCCGCCCGCGGCGAGGCCUCGUCCGUCCUGUCCCUCGCCUCCCUCCCCGCCCCGACCCUGCCCCCGCCGCUGCCGCUCCCGCGCGACGCGCCGCAGCCCGAGGAAUGGAUCCUCGUGCGCGUCGCCUUUGCGGGCCUCAACGUCGGCUCCCUCUGGCAGAUGACGCUCGUGCCGGCGUUUCUGCGCAAGGACCCCUGCACGGCGGAGAUGGACUUGUCGGGCGAGGUCGUCGACGUCUGGCACCCUGACGGCGACAGCAGCAGCAGAACCAACGCGCAGAGCCAGGAGACGCGGCGGCGGCGCUUCAAAAGGGGCGACGGGGCCGUCGCCAUGCUGCCCGCUAGCCACGCCCUGGCCACGGGCACCGGGGCGCUCGCCGAGCUGGUGGCCAUCCCCGCGCGCUACGCCGUGCCCAAGCCCGAGGGCGUGAGCUACGCCGACGCCGCGGGAUAUCUCCUGACGGGCAUGACGGCGGCCAAGAUGGUCGACGAGAGCGGCGUGGCGGCCGGCCACCGCGUGCUCGUCGUCGCGGCCAGCGGGGGCAUCGGCACCAUGGUCGUGCAGAUGGUGCGGCGCGUCGUUGGCGACGAGGGCUAUAUAGUGGGCGUGUGCAGCGGCAAGAACGCGGAGCUGGUCCGGAGCCUGGGCGCCGACGAGAUCGUCGACUACACGCAGCACGGCGACGUCAACAACCUCGCCGCCCACCUCGCCACGCGCUUCUCCGGCGCCCCGCCCUUCUUCGACACCGUCAUCGACACGCUCGGCUUCCAGGCGCUGUACCUGGCGUCGCCGGCGUACCUCGCCCCCGGCGGCAACUACUCGUCGGUGGGCAUCAAGCCGCCGGGCUUCUCGGUGGCGCACUUCCUGCGCGCCGUGUGGACCAUGAAGCUCAACGAGUGGUGGCCCACGAGCCGGUGGCUGCUGGGCGCGGGGCGGGCGUGGCGCGGCGUGAGCAUGAUGAGCCCGACGCUGGCCGACCGGGAGCGCGUCGUGGGCAUGCUGGCCCGCGGCGAGGUGCGCGUCGUGAGGGACGGGGACGGGGGCGGCGGCCGCGCGUGGGCGUACGAGGACGCGAGGGAGGCGUACGCGCACCUGGCCAAGGGGCACGCCAGGGGCAAGGUGCUCGUCAGGGUGAAUCCGGAGGUGGGCGACGAUGAGUGCUGAUGCUGAUGCUGAUGCUGAACAUGAAGACGAUGACGGCUGGCUGGAUGGGUUCUUGCCGUGGUGAGUGCAUUUGCUCAUGGAGCGUCUGGUGUGUCGAGUCUUCCUUCUCCCCUUAUUCUGAAGCGUCUGAAGCGCAGGAGCCAGUUUUGUCGCGAGGAGUCUUGCUAGCAGCACAUGCUGCCGAAUGCGAGACUCCUCAAUGGUACAACUGCAUGUAUGAUGUGUGAUGCUCUUAAUUUAGAGGUAUGGGGCUGUGCGUUGAUUCUGAUGUCAAUGUAUCUCAUC